GUUGGAAAUUCCAUUUGGUUCUCGUUGUUCUUAAUUCCAUUGGCAACAACAUUGAUCUUCUCUGGACAAAAAUGGUCUGGUGUGGCGGCGUAGGAGAUAAGCUUUUAGGUUUGAUGGAGUUUUUGAUAACAAAUAGAAGUGUGGGGUUGUCUACGGCUAUGGGCUAUGCAGCCAUGGAUGUCGCAAGUCUUCUCAUGCAUGAAUCCCAACAAGUCUCUCUGUUUCGUCGGGUAAGUUACGGCUAUCUUGUCUUAGUGAUAGUGAUGGGUUUGUCUGGCAGCGAAGGACAUGAGAAUUUAGAGAUGAUGAUGUCUUUGUUAACAAAUUCAUGGUUGGGUUUGUUUCAACUUUUGGUCUCCACGACGGUGGCCGACGUCAUUACGUUUUUCGUUGUUAGGGUUUUCUCUCCUCCUUCCAGAGGAGUACUUGUCCGUGUGAUGAUUAUGUGGUUCAUUCACGGUGUUUUUUCCGGGUAUGCUCGGCAUUUUCGGUAUGGCGACAAUAAUUGUCGACAGCGAUUUAGUGAAAAUUUGCAAUCCUCGAUGCAUAUGGGAUCCCGGAAUUACAUCGAAGGGAUUUGUCGUGAAGAUCUCCAACGACGUCUAUGGUGUGGAAUGUACAAUAGGAUGGGUCUACACCGGUAUCAAGCCAAACUUUUUGCUUCGUGCAAUGGCACCGAUAUGGACUAAUUGGUAUCGGAAUGUCGAGAUUAUAAAACUCAUUACAGGAGCAACGGGUUUAUUCUAUGUGAUGUGGAGUUUCAAACAAAGAAUGCCAAUAAGGCAUCUGUAUCACA